CUUAGAGACAAUAUACAAACACACCAUGGUUACGCUGUGACAGCAGGCCAGCUGCUGCCUUUUUCCUGGAACGGCGUGUGAAAUCUACAUUCAACCUAAGGUUUCUAGUCCUUGAAUCAAAUCAAAGGGCAUUAGAAGAAUCGAAUGGACACACAGACACAAGAUUGUUCUUGCUGAAUACAAAUGCAUCCAUUUAGUGCUUUUGUCCCCGCAGGAGUUGUUAUCCCCCACUGCUCAAAUGACAAAGCUACCUAUGUUAAGAUGUUAUGUAACUGCGAGGAAACAAAAUCAGAUUGUGUUUUGUUGUGAUUUGAUAUUUGGACAUGAGGCGGAAACAAGAAAUCUCAAAAGAGGUCUGUUAUAAUGGUGACAUGUUCCAGGGAAGGCGACGUCUUUUCAGGUUAGAGAUUAUAACUUCAUUAUGUUAAUUGUGUCUUAGCUGCCAAAUUUGUUCGGGGAACGGAAAAUGAAGGUCGCCACAAGUUGCAUGCUGUUUUUCACAGUGCAAGGCAGGUGAUAGCCUUUAUCACAUCAUUCUCAGGUGUGCUCAAUUAGCAGGGAGAAGAUGAAGUAGUCCAUGGAGGAUGAGGGCAUGUUGAGUCACUGAAUAGCUUCCAUCCAAUGAAAGACACACAGGAGGAUGUGCCAGUCUGCUGAUGAAUUUCCUCCAUAUUUGGAUGAGUGAAUGAGGCGCUCGCUACUGUAUAAAGGCCCUGCUGAGGGUUUGAUGAAGCCGGAUGGUGAACAGUAAGAAAGCAAGAUCUCAAAGACUGACUUCAAUCUUCCCUCAAACCUUUGGCAGAGAGUGCUUGGGCUGAAUGGAUGCUGCCACUGCAGAAUGGUCCUCAGACGUUUGUUUCCUAGGCAACGUGGGGAGGGCAUGUGGAGAGGGAGGUAUAAAAACACUGGCAGCUCCUCUCCGAGUCUUACUCUGAGCACAAAUAGCUUCUCAAGAAUGAUGCGACCAAAAGAUUUACGCCAGGGCUCUGGCACCAAGACUUUCCUAGAUGCCAUGCAUGGUGGUAAAGUUCACCUUGCGCGCUUCAUCCUAGACGCCUUGGAUGGACGCAUCAUCAACUCUAUGACAGAAAACAGCCGAACCCCACUCAUGUACGCUGUCUGCCUACAAGACCCCGGGACCAGAUCCAAGUUCACCCGGCUGCUGCUGGAGAAAGGGGCCGAUGUCAACUGUCAGGAUGAGGAUGGUCGCACAGCCCUGAGCCACGCCUGUGAGAUGGGUCAUUUGGACGCGGUCAAGCUUCUAGUGCAGUUCAAUGCAGAUCCGGACAUCUCUGACUCCUGGGGUAACAGCGCUCUGAUGUAUGCUGCCUUUUCUGGGCACAGCCAGGUUCUGGAGUUCCUGGUUCGGGCUUUCAAAAGACUGGGACUGAGGCUGGACAGAACCAAUAAUGCCGGUCAUUCAGCCAUCGAGGUGGCCAACUUCUUUGGACACAACCAAUGUGUGCAGGUUCUGAACUUUCCUUGCAGAAGGAGCGUAGGCACCGAUGACCCACUUGCUGAUGUUGGCACCAAUGGAGAUGGAGAGUGCCGGCUGCCCAACAGGCUCCCCAGGCACAUUCUGGAGAGGUUCUCCAAGCAGCUGAAUAGCAAUGAAGACCAACUGCCUGGGGUAUUUCAGAGACAACUGAAGAUUGGGGACAGCAGUGGGCUGUGGAACCGCUUCAGGUGUCGCAGGAGCCAGUCUCAAGAGGACAACCACCGCCACAGCUGGGCUCUGCCUACUCAGCUCGAGAAAAGCCAGAUCGAGGGGGAUCACAGUGUUCUCUUCACUGCCAAACAACUGCAAAACUGCCAGCUUAGAGUGGUAAGAGGGGCUAAAACACUGAACUCUCUGCCUGAGCCAAGCCAGAAAGAUGUCAACCGAGACGCUGGACUCCAAGAGAAAACACCAGAGAGUUUUCCUUUCUGGGGAAAGGCAAAGUCAUUUAACUUGGACCUUCUGAGCAGCAGAAAGCAGUCCUAUCAGGGUGAUGUGCGUGACAUGAGUCUAUCAGCCAGCAAAUUAAAAAGAGCCUCGCUACAGGAUGAGAGAUGCCUGAUAGACAAGAUGGAAUGUCAAGGGAACACCCGGGACCUGACAAACAAUGCUGACAAAACUGUAUCAGUGCCGAAACCUCUUUUAAACAGCAAGAGUCAGCCCGUGAGAGUGCUUGAGGAGAAUGUAAAAUCACAGAAAGAAGAGGUUGAUGACAUAGCUCCAUCAAGCAGGAGAGAACAGCAGAAGAGGGGAAGCUUUGCCCCGACCGGCAGACACAACAAACUGCUGUUUGCCAGAGGGGAGAUGGAGUCAGGGAAGAUCCCCAGCCACACGCCAGGGUUCAUGGGCCUGGGGACCAGACUGCUGCGUCGAUUCACCGCACCAGAGUUCAUGAGGAUGGUGAUAGACUGCUCGCCGGGCUCUUCAAACGGCAGAGGAAGGAUGUCCCGCUCCGAAACCUUCCCUCUCUCUCACACACAUCAGCAGGUCAACAGCCAGCCGAGCGUUGACAGCAUCAGCGGGGUGAAGUGUGAGUUUGAAAGCUGCUCGUCUCAAUCCACCCUCAAUUAGAAUGAGGACGAUGUCAAGCAACAGAAACGGCUGGUAGUGACACUUUUACAGCAUUUACAAUUCUGACAAUGCAGUUUGAUAGCUUGGUGAUAAAUUCUAUAUACUGACAGAAAUAAUAAUACUUAUUAACUAAUGCUUAUGUUUAAAUUUAUUGGUAUUUGCAAUGUUCAUUAAUGAAAAUUCAGAUGUUUCAAGCUAGGUUUUGCUAUUUUAUCUUUAAAAUAAUUUAUAGAUUAACCCUAUCAGUCUGCGAGCUACCGAAUAUAAUUAUUAUAGUUUCACAUAUAUGAGAUUUAUAUUGUACAAAAAUUUAUUGUAUUUGAUAUUGCUUCUGUGUUUAUAAGAAAUAAUGGAUGUAUUUUGCUUAAAUAUAUUCAGUGACAGUGCACUGUAUGAUUCAUGCUGAAUACCUAAUAAAUGCCUUAAACAGCAGCCCAUUCAACCUGUAU